CAUAGGGUUCUGUGGCUCCAAGGCGUGGCUCCACCUGGCAGUUCUCUAAUAGGAUGAGACCCAGGGGUGUGUGAUCAGCCUGGUGUUCCAGGUAGAAGAGGAGAUUUCCUCGCAGGAUGAACCAGCGGCGCUGAUAACUGUUUGGAAAAGCCCUUCUGUCCAGUCAUGCCAAAGAGGAAAGUGACCUUCCAAGGCGUGGGAGAUGAUGACGAGGAUGAAAUCAGUGUCCCCAAGAAAAAGUUGGUGGACCCUGUAGCUGGGGUAGGGGGUCCCGGGAGCCGCUUCAAAGGCAAACACUCUUUGGACAGCGAUGAGGAGGAGGAGGAGGAGGAAAGGUCCAGCAAAUAUGACAUCUUGGCCUCAGAGGAUGUGGAAGGUCAGGAAGCAGCCACGCUCCCCAGUGAGGGAGGUGUGCGGAUCACACCCUUCAACUUGCAGGAAGAGAUGGAGGAAGGCCACUUUGAUGCAGACGGCAACUAUUUCCUGAACCGGGAUGCUCAAAUCCGAGACAGCUGGCUGGAUAACAUUGACUGGGUAAAGAUCAGGGAGCGGCCACCUGAUCAGCGGCCACCGUCAGACUCAGAGGAGGAGGACAGCCUGGGCCAGACGCCAAUGAGCACCCAAGCCCUCCUGGAGGGCCUUCUGGAACUGAUGUUGCCAAGAGAGACAGUGGCUGGGGCACUGAGGCGUCUGGGAGCCCGAGGGGGAGGGAAAGAAGGCAGCAAGGGGCCCAGGCGGCCCAGUUCCCCUCAGCGCCUCGACCGGCUCUCGGGGUUGGCCGACCAGAUGGUGGCCCAGGGCAACCUGGGAGUGUAUCAGGAGACAAGGGAACGGUUGGCCAUGCGACUGAAGGGGUUGGCGUGCCAGACCCAGGGACCCCGUGACCCCACACCGCCCCCCUCCCUGGACAUGUUUGCUGAGGAAGUGGCGGAAGGGGAGCUGCAGACCCCAACACCUGCCCAGAGGGAAGAAGUAGAGUCACCCGGAGAUGGUCUGGCGGACGUGAUGUGGGAGUAUAAGUGGGAGAACACGGGGGAUGCUGAGCUGUACGGGCCCUUCACCAGCACCCAGAUGCAGACCUGGGUGAAUGAAGGCUACUUCCCAGAUGGCGUUUAUUGCCGGAAGCUGGACCCCCCGGGUGGCCAGUUCUACAACUCCAAACGGAUUGACUUUGACCUCUACACCUGAGCCUCCUGAGGGCCCAGUUUGGUGGUCCCUUCUUUGCUGGACUCUGUGGAGGAGGCCCCGGCUGCCUCAGGCAGUGAAGAUGUUGGGGGCCACUUUUCAGUCAACUUCCUUUUCCCAAUAAAAGCCUUUAGUUGUGUA